GAAGAGGAGGGGCAGAGGCUGAUUUUGACAACUGAAACAAUCAGCUAGUGAAAAACAAUAGCGGUGGUUUAUGUGUCAGAUUUGGUCGCGAACUUUAAAAACUACGUUCUACUUUAUCUGUUUUGUUAUAGUUUGGGAUUUAUGCAGUCAGGCGGUUGAAACAUGUCUUUGCCACCGGAGAAAGCGUCUGAACUAAAACAGAUCAUUCAGGAUCAUUUAAUCAAGAUGGAUAUUCAUGGGAAAAUUCGUGCUGUCCUUGCGGAGACGCUGAGGGCCGAAGGGGACCGUGGAGAUCAGCCGCUCUCUGAAGGAGAUUUCCUCACUGCUCUCCAGCGCAGGGGCAUCGUAGAGGAGGCCAUGAAGGAGCUGAGUUUCGCCAAUGUGGCAGAGCCACAAGCAGAGACAGAUGCUCUGAACAAGUCUCCAAGUCGUUUCUCUGAGAAGGGCAUUACGCAGCUUAAAACAACCAGUAUCAGUCCACUGAGGAGAUACCUGUACCUGCAGGUUCUGGGGGGCAAAGCCUUCCUCGAGCACCUGCAGGAGCCACAGCCUUUACCUGGUCAGGUGUGCUCUACCUUUACACUCCACCUACACUUCCGCAACCAGCGCUUUCGCUCUAAGCCUGUGCCAUGUGCCUGUGAGCCAGACUUACAAGAGGGCUUCCUUCUUGAAGUACACAGAGAUGGCCCAGGUGAUGCCAGUAAAAUGGCUGAUGCCACCACCAUGUUGUCCAUCUGUGACCCAGUUCACAUGGUGUUGAUUAAAACAGACACCUCUGGGGACACCACACUCAUCUCCUCUUAUUUCCUGGACUGGCGGUCUGUCCUCAGCGCCCCUAAUGGGAAGACAGCAGUGUCUGUGGAACUGCUUGGCGUAGGUAGUGAAUGUAAAGUGCCAACUGGUGUUCUUAACCUUAAGUUGGAGAUGUAUCCUCCUCUCAGUGAAAUUCUGAGCCCUGAAGUGAUCAGCACACAGCAAUCACUGGAGCGGCAGAAGAAUGCAGAAAAGGAGCGUUUAUUUCUGGUGUAUGCUAAGCAGUGGUGGAGAGAGUUUUUAGAGAUACGACCUUCUCACCAGUCCAAACUAGUCAAGAUCUUUGCCCAGGAUGAGAACGGUGUAAACCGGCCGGUGUGUUCAUAUGUGCGUGUGUUGCGUGCUGGCCGGUUGUUGGAAAGUCCACGGCAGGCAGCUCGCUUUGUCAGCCUGCUGGCCCAGGAGAGAGCGCCUGUGGUGGGGGGAGGAGCGCGGCAGGAGCAGUGGUGCACCACGAUGGCCUUCCUUUGUAGGAACAAGGGUGAUUGUGAGGAUCAUGCUACGCUGCUGUGUAGUCUGCUACUUGGCUUUGGGCUGGAUGCUUAUGUGUGUGUGGGCACCAAAGCCAAAAACACCCCUCACACCUGGGUGAUGACCUGUGGUACUGAUGGCACUAUCACCUUCUGGGAGAGCCUGACUGCACACAGGUACCUACACCAGCCGAUAGACCCUGAAGCUCCUCCGCUGGUUCCUCAGCCCAAACCCACCUACCCAUAUCGCACCCUUGGCUGUGUUUUCAACCACAAGACUUUUCUGGCUAACUGCCAGCCCUCAGACUCUGUGGAGCUGUGUGUGUUUGAUUUUACAGAUGGUUCCCGCUGGAAGGCUAUGAGUGAGGAGGCGGUCCGGUCAGUUUGUGCCCCCGGCUCUACUUCUUCUCUCCCGCCAACGCCUCCUCUCUGCGCUCCUUCUGUUCAUCCCAGCGAGGCCAGCAACCAGCUGGAGCUGGAGAUGCGCUAUUUACUGGCUGAGCACAGGAAGGAUUUGGGUCUGGCGACGGUCUGGGAUGAUCACCUGUCUUACCUGCUGUCCUCUGCCCUAGCAGCCUAUGAGCUGGAGCGCUGUACAGGGGUGUCAUGUGGGAAUGAGGAGUUUCAAGAUGCUGUUAGGAGGGCCGUACCUGAUGGACACACCUUUAAAGGUUUUCCUAUUCAUUUCCUGCACCGCAAUGCUCGCAGAGCCUUCGCUACCUGCCUCAGGUACACCCACACUCAUUAUAGGCCUUUUACCCGUACUACACUACAGAGCAGACUGACUUGGUUCGCACUUCAGUCUCUAAAAGUACUGUAUACACAGACUCCGUUGUCAUGCGAGAAAAAUAUUUUCUUUCCCCUGGUUUUUAGUCCAAUCUUGGUGGAGAAACAUACAGACAUAAUGAGGGAUGUACAUGUGUCUGAUAUGUCAGUUCUACAUGUCUGAACAGGUCACCUUUCUGUGAGGAGAUUGUGUGUUGUCGUGGAGACCAUGUCCGGCUGGCGGUGCGGGUGCGUGUGUUUGCCUAUCCUGAGAUGGCUUGCGCCGUCUGGAUCAUGUUCGCCUGCAAGUACAGAUCAGUGCUGUGACCUUUAACACAAUCUGUAUGCAUUAGAACCAGCAUUAUUCUCACUCCUCUACAUCAGGUACUCAAUGUAUGUAUGUAUGUUUGCGUGUGUGUGUGUGUGUGUGUGUGUUAUUUAAUCCUCCUGACAGUAUGCUUAAAGAUUGUGUCUUUUUAUAUAAGUGCGCUUCUGUAUUUGUAUAGAUUUUUGUAAAUAAAUUAAAAAUAUCUAAAAACAUUUUUGAACAUGUCCAUCAACAUAUCUUUUUUAGGGAAAUAAUCUGAUUGUGUUGAAUAGUACCUCGUUUGGGCCCAGUAGAUGGCAGUGCUCACCUUCACAGCUUGUGUCGAGAAGUUCAGUCACAGAAUUCCAACAUCAGUGGUCACCAGCCCUGUUCAUGACCAUCUACCUUCUUGGAGGGUUCACCUCCAGCCUAAGUCUAACACCUCUCAUUCAGCUAAUCAAGGACUUCUGAAGACAAUCAUUAUAUGGAUUAGGUGUGGUUGAUAGAAUUAUCGCUUAAGUCUGCAGGAACGUAGAUCUCUAGAAGCAGGUUUAGUGACCACUGUUGUACAUGAACUGUUUUUCUGCAACUUACCUAACUACUGCAGAACAUCACAAAUAAUCACAGCAUUCACAUAUUGUCGCUGCCCUUUCAAAACCUAUAACUCAUAAUUUAUUCCAUUUUCAUUCUUCAUGCCAUUU